GCUGUCUAGGCCAACCCACUCCAAGGGUCUGGGCACCCACUCUCUACUCACCUGCUUUCCCAGAACUUUUCCAUCUCUGGGGCUAGGAUCCUGGGGCCAGCUCAGCACCAACCAGUGGCUCUGGGCGGUUCUACUCUCUGAGGUCCCUACCCUCUCCUUUGUCAUUUUGGGUGUUGGAGGCGGGGCCACUGGCUGGCUUUGGUACUCCGCCCCUCCGCCCCCCCCCCAGCUUCCAUCCAAUCACAGCUUCACCCUCCGGGGGCUGGGCCGACGGGCUGCACUCCAGGCUGCUAGCUCCCAGCACAAGGCUCCCAGCCAGGGACGAUGCGCUCCUGCUGCCGCUGCUGCCGCCGCCGCUGCUGCUGCUACCAGCAGCCAUCCAGUGCCCUGAGGCUGUUGCUGUGGCUGCCACUUGUCUUUGUACCUCCCCUGGCAGCAGCUGCAGCGGGCCCUAACGGCUGUGACACCAUAUACCAGGGCUUCGCGAAGUGUCUCAUACGCUUGGGGGACGGCAUGGGUCACGGAGGCGAGAUGGAGACCAUUUGCAGGUCUUGGAAUGACUUCCACGCCUGCGCCUCGCAGGUCCUGUCCGGCUGCCCAGAGGAGGCAGCUGCGGUGUGGGAGUCACUACAACAAGAAGCUCGCCGGGCCCCACACCCGGAUAACUUGCACGUUUUGUGCGGAGCCCCGGUGCGCGUCCAGGAGCGUGGAGCGGGUCCAGAGACCAACCAGGAGACACUGCGGGCAACCGCACCUGCACUCACCCCGACCCCUGUGUCCCCGCUGCUGGCAGCUGCUCUGGCAUUUGCCUGCCUCCUGGGGCCUUUAGCCUAGCCAAUUGGGUUGGGUAGCAGUAGCCGCUCCUCCAGUCCUACUAGGGCGGCCACAGUCCUGGCUCUGCAGA